AUGGCGUCUCGUCGAAAGAGUGUUCCAGUAUUAAAUUAUAACGAAUUAAACAAUUUAUCUUCUGAAAUUAUUUUUAAAACUGGAAGGAAACCCAAAGGAAAGUUCUUUUCUGUGGAAAGAAUAAUUUCUCGGAGAAAGGUUGCGCAUGUAAGUUAAUUUUUGGAAGUUUAAUGCAGUUAUUGAUUUUGUCACUCAUUUUCGAUUACAUCUGAAAUAUAUAAAUGAAUUUAUUGAAUUGUAAUUUUAUAAUAAUUAAACCCUUGCUUCGUUUAUAAUUUAGAGUUGGGAAUAUUUGGUGAAAUGGACCGGAUGGCCACUUGAAACAUGCAACUGGGAGCCCUUUGAUCAUUUAACUCCAACACUUUUAAGGUAUUAAAGGCACUUUAUACACUAUUUCUUUAAAUUGUUAUAAUUCGUCCUGUCUAAAGACCGAUAACGGCUAAAGGCUUUUCGUCGAACUUUUUACUCAGGAACAUGCACAGUUUCUUACCCUUUCUAUCUGUCUCCAAAGUGCGUUUUGUGUAAAGUCAACUGCAAAUUUAUGUUUUUACAGGAGCUAUGAUCAUCCUCCAAAACCAGAACAAAAAAGAAUAGAGCAGAGCAGCAGGAAUUUCUUUGAAGCAAUUUCAAAAUGCCUGAAAUCUAAGUCAGUUCUAUCGACAGAUGCUAAUAUUGAUUUGGAUGUUCAAAGGUGGAUGUGGCAAGGAAAAGGAAUUGCAUCAGAGCAUAAAGGCUACAAAUUGUAUAAUUUACAUGAUUUCUGCAAUUUGGAUUUACCAGAGACAUGGUGGUAUUACCUCGACCAUCACGGAGAAGGAAAAGCCUUAAAUUUUCGUAUUAAAAUGAAAUCUAUAUUAUCUUGGACUCCAAAACGUUUCAUUUUUGAGGAUGGACAGUUGAAGCAGGCAAAGAGACUUCCUAUUAUAAGGGUUAAGAUUCAUUUUUGCAAACGAGCAUGUAAUGUUGAAACUUUGUGA